CCCAGGUGCUAACAGGAUCAGGGCCAGGAAGAAAAAAACUCCGAGACCCGUCGCCAGCCAACCGGAGCAUAGAACUUUAGACCAGAUAACAGCCUCAUACAAGCCUCAUUCAAGGACAGGCGUGAUCCAACAGGGGCAGAUGUUUCUCCUGCAGCGCUAUAAAGCCCUUCCAAAACGGAGAAUAGAAACCAGGAGUCUUGGCUAACUUUUUCCUAGUUUGAUCAUCCUAAUUUAUAAUCUAAAUACUAGAUGAGAUUUCCCACAAUGUUUUUAGAAAAGAUGGAGCGCAAUUCUAUAGCGAGCUGCUCAUCUGUUCUGUGGACACUGUCCCACACAAAAUUUACAAACUACAAUUCCCAGAAAGCCGUGCGUUCAUGGUGCCUUUCCGCCUGUUCAUUUCCUGUGUUGAUUUCUUUACGGUGCUUCUAGGACGUUCGCGAAUAUGGAUUUGAGCGCUUUCGAACGGGACAAUUCGGUGAAUUAUUUGUUGGACUCAGCGGUGCCUGCCAUUUGCCGGACUGAGCCUUGCAGCCUGGGCAUUGAUGAGGCUGGCAGGGGUCCAGUGUUGGGUCCCAUGGUUUAUGGAAUCUGCUACUGCCCUGCGGCACAGCAGGGAGAUCUAGAGACCCUGAAGGUAGCAGAUUCCAAAACUCUAACAGAGGCCCAGCGGGAACAACUCUUUGAGAAACUGGAUGCGUCCAAGGAUUUUGUAGGAUGGGCCCUGCACAUUCUCUCGCCCAACUUCAUUUCAAACAGCAUGCAGAGGCGAGUAAAGUACAAUCUGAAUGCGCUUUCACAUGAUACAGCCAUUGGAUUAAUCAAGCAUGCAUUGGACUCUGGAGUGCAGGUUGCAGAGGUCUUUGUGGACACUGUGGGGCCAGCAGAGAAGUAUCAAGAGAAGCUCAAGCAGCAAUUCCCAGACCUGGAGGUUACAGUGAGGCCCAAGGCAGACUCCCUCUUCCCUAUUGUCAGUGCAGCCAGCAUCUGUGCCAAGGUGGCAAGGGACCGAGCUGUAAAGAACUGGAAGUUCGUGGAGGAACUGGAAGACGUGGAAUUGGAUUAUGGCUCUGGCUAUCCUAAUGAUCCCAAGACUAAGGAGUGGCUCAUUCAAAGUCUGGACCCUGUCUUUGGCUACCCACAGUUUGUACGCUUCAGCUGGAGCACAGCUCAAAUCAUUUUGGAGAGCAAAGCUGUCCCUGUUUGCUGGGAUGACACUGAAGAGGACCCAUCCCAGAAAAAUGCACAGUCCUUGCUGAGAUACUUUGCCCGAAAAGAAACUCCCACCAAACGCCCUCCCCACCGCUUCUUUUAUGAACGAAAACUUGAGACAGUGACUGGCCUAUAGGGGGCAGCAGAUCAUUCCCUUCUUGCUGGGAAGAAACUUAUUUGUUAAUCUUGUUUUUAAUCGGAGGUUAUAAAUCCUUUGAGUUGCAGAUGCAAAGAGAACAUUUGAGCUGAAGCAUCAACAGGUGGAUCUGUCAAGAGAAAGAUACUGGUAAACAGCCUCAGAGGCUUUUGUAUGUCUGUUUUCUACUUUUUUGUUAGUAAAUUUAAAAACAGGCAGUCUUGUUUUGUAUAAAUUUACCAGCAGUGCAUAAUAAAAGCAGCCCAAAAAAGAA